UGGGUAGUGAAGCACUAGCCAUUUAAAGUUCCUAUACGUGCAUCCAUUGCAGACGCAUCAUUCGAUCCGGUCCGACGUCGUGCAGGGGCGUUUAGGUCAUUGAUAUCCUCUGCCCGCUAUUUCAUCAUGUAGCUAGUACUGCCGUUCGUCCAAUCGGGGAGACGUUACGAUACAUCAACUAACUCGAGAAAUAUUGGUGACUUCUCGGAGUUCCUCAGCUGGAUGACACGUCUGGGGCUUGCUCGUGAGACUAAUAUUUUUCUACUCAGCACUCACGAGGCGUCGGGCAGGUGUAAUUAUUAAAUAUUGAGAGAAAUAUGUACCAGUCCUCUCGCAGCACGCUCUCCCUGGUUGCAUCAUCAGCAGUUUGAAUGAAGAUCAUCAGCAGCAGUCUCGCUCUUGCCUCGCUUGCGGGAUCUGCCCUGGCAGGUGCGAUCUACACUCUGAAUGAGUGCGUUCGUGGUGAAGGCUUCUACUGACUCCUUCAAUUUCGAGAAUAUCACUGACCCCACCGAGGGGCGUGUGACGUAUGUGAACCGAACAACAGCAGAGAGCCUCAACUUGACCUAUGCCACGAGUGACACCUUCAUCUUACGUGCAGAUGACACCACGGUUUUGAACGUCAAUGACACGGGUCGGAAUUCCGUCAGGAUUCGGUCCAAUCACGAGUACCAUGAGCAUGUUGUCGUCUUCGACAUACAGCACAUGCCCGAAGGAUGCGGAACAUGGCCAGCUAUCUGGGAGACUAAAGAGUCCGGUUGGCCUGCCAGUGGUGAAAUCGAUAUCCUUGAAGGUGCAAACAAUGUAGUGCCUAACCAGUCAACACUCCACACUAGCCACAAUUGCUCCAUGCCCAAUAGCACUAUCCAAUCAGGAAACUUUACAACAACCAAUUGUGACGCUUCAGUCGCUUACAAUAUUGGGUGUAGUGUGAAGCUCACUGAAGACAAUAACAGCUUUGGUCCAGGAUUCAACAGCAUCGGCGGAGGAUGGUAUGCUAUGGAACGCACACUUCACUAUAUCAAGGUUUGGUUCUGGGAGAGAGGCGACCCAUUUGUUCCCUUGGACGUUAGCAGUGGUGUAUGGAUCAUCAACACCGACAACUGGGGCAUCCCUGCCGCCCACUUCCCUAACAACACCGAGUGUGACAUCCAGUCUCACUUUGGAGCCAAUAACAUUAUCAUUGAUCUGACGUUCUGCGGUAGUUGGGCAGGCAACGCGGCUCUCUACAAUGCUUCUGGAUGUCCAUUAGACUGCGUGACUUAUGUCAACAAAAAUCCUACUGCGUUCACAAACGCCUACUUCCAGAUCUCGUCCAUGAGCAUCUACAAAUAGAUGCCGCAGGACAGGCAUUAGGUCAAAAAUAAUCAUCGU